AUGGUGCGCUUGUGUUUUGCUGUAGGGAAAAAAGGAAGAAAAGAAAAGCAGGGCGGGUCUCGAUUAAAAGAAAGAUUGUCGUAGAAGAAAUAUCCGGGUUUCUGCAUCAGGAUUUAUUUAUUUUUUGCUUGUACACAUUUCUUCGUGCUGGGCUUGGCAGCUGCGUUUUGAGCGCUGUCUUUUCACGAACCGCCCCCCGCCCCCCGUGGCCUCCGGGAAUAAAAUAUUGGUUACUUAUAAGCGCAGCCGAGCAUCAGAGAGGAUCGUCCCAAAAAAAGCCGGGACAGAAAACACUCGCCGCGUGGGUUUCCUUUAUUUUCAUAAGUGGCACGGGAUUGUGUGUGGCGGGAACACAAUACCUAACCCAGGUGGGAUGGGAGUUAACAGAAAACCGCACCUCGUUUAAUAUGGACUGACUGACUUUAGUAUCUUUUCCGCACCUGUCUCCAGAUACCCCCAUAUCGCUUCAUUCUUUCCAGUUCCACUGCAGGCGGAAUAAUACUGAAAUGAGGCUUUAUGAACAUUCACAGCAAGUCCUAGUCUGUUACUUUUGAGCUUAGAGCAUGUUCCACACAUUUUUAUUUAGGCUUUUGGUUUCUGGGUUAUCACGAAGUUCUAGUUUUUCCUGUGAGGUUUGCCUAGCUAUUCAAAAUCAAAAUUUUGUACGUGGCCUAUAAUUUUGCCUUUGAUUUAUAAACAGUGACAUAUGACUGAGCCUGCAGCUGUUUUCUCAUUAUGGCAUGCUGUCAGGACUGAAUUGUGCCUAACAUGUUUCCAAACACUGGUUUUUCUUCUCUUCAGUAAUGGAAAUUUAUCUGCUUUGCUGCAUUUUGAUUGCCUGUGUACAUAAUACAGCAAUCCUGAAUUUUGCACAAAUUGCAGAAUACAAAAUUAUAUAGUACUUCAUUUUCAAACAACCUGAUACAGACUCUGUUUCUCCUAAUCCCAUGUAAACGUUGCGUUGCUGUGCUUAUUCAGUUGUGAAAAAAACCACACUAGUUCUUACAAGGCUGAACAAAGAAUUAGGAUAAGCCUAGAAAAUAAGUUCUAGGAAGGAAAAUAAAUAUGCACCCUUAACACUGAAACACAAUGGUGAAUACGUUAACAAAUUUAAUUAUUUCAUUCAUCUGAAACACUGAUUGUGAUAGUGAAGUUUACAAGUUAUUAAAUCAGUCUUAUCUCUAACCUAGUUUUCAGUUUUAUGUUGCAACCAGUCUUGCCUCUCAGGAACCCCUUUCCAACCACGUCCCACUAUUUCUAGUUAUAUUUAUUACUAAUAAAACAUGAACAAUACAGUACAAUUGUUGUCCCCUUUCCUUUCUUACCACCCAAGUCAGAGCAACCUUUUAUAAUGUAACAAAAUGAAGUAUUCCCAAUGCUUGUUUUGAGCUUCUGAAGUCCAGUCUAUAGUGAUAUUCACUUGACCUUUCUAAUAUGCAUUCUCGGUAUGUGAGAAUUUUUUACAGAAUCCUGGUGCACAGCUGUAGCGUAUUUUAGUGUAAUAGUCCACAAAAUGGACUAUGUCUAAUUUUGUAUUAAGGCAAAAAGGUUUCUCUUGUUCAACAGCAGGGAAACAUAAGCAGCUGCUUCCUUAUGUAAGUAUAAUGGGCACAUUUAACAGGCAAAAAAUUCCACUCCCCAUGUUGUCAGCAAGAGGCAGGAGGUCAAAUUUUCAAUAUGUAUCCAUACAAAAUAAGUAAAAAUAAGUAAGAAUGCUACUGGGCACACUUAAAACACUGCUAUCAAUUGCUAAGGGCCCCUGUCUGCAAUAUACUGUAGCAAAAUGCCAGGAUAUGUACAAUUAAAAGUGGACUUGUUUCAGUUGCUUGUGAAUUUGUAUUUAGCUGAUACUACCAAUUAUUAUUAACUUUAGCAAUGUAUGCUUUAAAAGACCAAAAAGCAAUCAUCCGAUUUUUCUGGUAUAUAGGAAAGAAAAAAUAGCACAUGAAAAUAUUAGCUUCCUGAAUUCAAAAAUAAAGUUUCGGCAUCUUCACCUUAAAACAGUCAUGUAUAUAAAAGUAUGAGGGGAAUUGUGUUUGUAAACUGGAAUUGUUUUUUCCCCAGGGACAAAAUAUUUAA